GUGGACAAGGUUUGGAGGCCGGUGUUCGAGCUGUGCCGAGCCUUGCGCGAGUUCCCCUCCCUGUACGCCAACUGCUACGUGACCCCGCAAGAGUCGCAAGCAGCCCCGCCACACGCAGACGAUCGGGAUGUCCUCGUCUUCCAACUCGAAGGCACCAAGCACUGGAAGAUCUACGGUGACUCUCCCAUCUAUAUGCCCUACCCAAGCGAGCAGGUGGGCAAGAACGGUCUCGAGGUCCCUCCCGAGCUGCUGGACUCAACGCCUGCUUUUGAGCAGACCUUGAAGGUAGGGGAUGUCCUCUACGUGCCCCGUGGCUAUGUGCACGAGGCCACCACGCAGAACGAGGCCUCUCUUCAUCUGACGGUGGCUGUGCCGACCUACGACUGGACCGUUUCGCGGGUACUCUGCGAUGCCUUGCAAACCCUGUUGGAUGGUCCCGGAGGUCUCUGCUUGUCUUCUUUGAUGUCUUUGUGA